AUGGUCACCUGCGAAACAAUCGAGGAGGUCGAAGACCUUGCAACGGUCUCUGUAGAAAGGGCUGUGCCGCAAAUGGAUAUUACUGUUGGAGGACACAGCACAUCUCCGAAGCAGCUGCUGAAAUAUCUCGGAGUAACGGUCGACAAUUGCUCAAGCUUCGGUGCACAUGUCAAAUACUGUUAUGAUAGUGCGUCGAAAGUCAUCGACUCAUUGGCCUGGAUUAUGUCGAACUGUCAUGGUCCAAAGAGUAGUAAGAGACGUCGAUACGGAGGAGCGGCCUGGAGCUCCGCCAUAGAAGUAGAGCGCAACAGAUCCAAAUUACAGAGCACGCAUCGGCUGAUAGCCAUGCGAAUUUCCUGUGCAUACAGGAUCAUCUCAACAGAUGCAGCUUUAGACAUCGCGGGUAUGGUUCCCAUCGACAUAACUCUGGCAAAGGAUAAAGAGUGUUACGUAGCUAGAGCAGUUAGAGGAGUUCUCAAGGCUCAACAAGCAGCGUCAAACCAAGAGGAACUUGAGAAGGAAAAGGGAAAAACGGUGGAUGAUGAGCACAGCCUACCCCUGGUGAAGGUGAAGGUGAAACCAAGGCACACAAAGUCCAAGGUGGUUUUAGUGGGACGAACCCUCUCACGGCAGCAAACACACCCGGCUGUUGUGGUUUGA